ACUCCAAACUCCACUAUGGCCAAGACCAAAGAGCUGUCAAAGGACACCAGAAACAAAAUUGUAGACCUGCACCAGGCUGGGAAGACUGAAUCUGCAAUAGGUAAGCAGCUUGGUUUGAAGAAAUCAACUGUGGGAGCAAUUAUUAGGAAAUGGAAGACAUACAAGACCACUGAUAAUCUCCCUCGAUCUGGGGCUCCACGCAAGAUCUCACCCCGUGGGGGCAAAAUGAUCACAAGAACGAUGGCUGCGAUCCGUAAGAAGCUGGUGAUCGUGGGAGAUGGUGCUUGUGGGAAGACCUGUCUGUUGAUAGUCUUCAGUAAAGACCAGUUCCCUGAGGUCUACGUACCUACAGUGUUUGAGAACUAUGUGGCAGAUAUUGAGGUGGACAGUAAGCAGGUGGAACUGGCCCUCUGGGACACAGCCGGACAGGAGGACUACGACAGACUAAGGCCUCUCUCCUACCCUGACACUGACGUCAUCCUCAUGUGCUUUUCCAUAGAUAGUCCUGACAGCUUGGAGAAUAUCCCAGAGAAGUGGACCCCUGAAGUAAAGCACUUCUGUCCAAAUGUGCCUAUCAUUCUUGUGGGUAAUAAGAAGGACUUGCGGAAUGAUGAGCACACACGUCGGGAGUUAGCAAAAAUGAAGCAGGAACCAGUGAAGCCAGAGGAGGGCCGGGACAUGGCUAACCGCAUCAACGCGUUUGGCUACUUGGAGUGCUCAGCCAAGACGAAAGACGGUGUGAGGGAGGUGUUUGAGAUGGCCACCAGGGCGGCGCUGCAGGCCAAGAAACGUGGCAAGAAGAAUGCCUGUCUCCUGCUAUAGAGAGCUGGGGAAAGACGGGAGGGGAGGGGUAAAUAAAUCAGGCCAAGGAAAAUGCUGCACCCCUCUGUCUCCAUCUGUGGAAGGGUCGGGGAGGUUCGAGGUGUGCAAGGGAGAAAAAGAUCAUUAACAAGGCCUAAGGAAAUGGAGAAGGUCAAAUGUAAUGAAAAGGGGAGUUUACAUUUUUAAGGCCAAGGUGGCCGUCAACGGCUUUCAGUAUAAGAUUAUCGUAUGGUUAAGAUUUUUUAUUGGGUCUUGGAUGACUAGAAGGGUAAAGCAAAAAACACUAUCUCUGGUAAACUUAUGUCUGAGCGUGGUAGUGAUCUCUGAGGGACAGGAUAAGAUUGGUGUUCUUGAUCGGGUCAGAAACCACAGCGCUAUUGGCCUGGUUCAUAGAGCGGAGCAUCAUCAGAGAAAGGGGGGGAUUCAUUACAUCAGAAUGAAUGUAUGUUCUGACUCUCGGUGACCUCCUUGGCUUGCAGUGUGUCAGUGCUUGUCUUUAAUUUCUGUCCAGCCAUACCAUAGGUGUUUAUUUUCUUUGUUCUCCCUAUGGAUAGACUAACCCUAUCCUUGUGUGGACCAGCACCUCCUAUCAUAUUAUUGGUCCAAUCACAUUGUUCACUUGAUACAAGCAAUUUUGAUUUAUUUAAAUAGCUAAAUGUUUUUAUUUGCCUUUGACUAUAGAAUUCAUAUUAAAAUGCAUACAAUAAUGAUACCAACUGAUUUUUGUUAGUUUUAUAAGCCUGUUCAUAAAUUGUAAUGAAAAAUUAUUUUAGAAUUUGGUUUUGUCACAAGUUGGGCUCAAGUCAGAUAAAGAUGUACAUUUGAUGUGGACUGUUAGACACGGGUUUGAAAGGGGAGUAUGACUUUUGUAUUAAGUGAUACUAAGUUUAGCAAAUUUUGGGUUUUGCAAAUUUUGUAUUUUCUGCUUGCAGAUUGUUUUUGCCUGCAUGCCAGGCUGUUAUUGGGAGUGAGUUUUAAGUGUUGACCUAUCUCACUCCCUCCAGUCCACCCCACACUCCAUGUCUUUCUAACAACUGUUGAUGAUGGCUUAUGGCUUAUCCUAUAUCAGUUAUGCAUAUUUAGCAAAUCUAGUAACUUUAGAAUGAAAGUUUAAGAAUACAAUGCAAAAUGCUUAAAGUAAUUCAUGAAUAAGAUGUCAAACUAUUAAAUACAAGUAACUUUAAAAA